UCACAACUUUAUACCCUUCAUUCUUAGCCUUAUCUCCAACAUGCAUUCUACAAAUCUCCUCUUUCUCUUUUGGUCGCUAUUAUGCUGCACAUUUGCCGCUUCUGAAAAGGGUCUUCGUCAUGACAACGAUAUUUAUACUGUUGAAAAGGAUGGAGACGUUUACUCCGUGUACACACCCUAUUACACACCACCCCUUCAGCGUACACCAGUUACAAAGUUGAUAUUCCCAGAAAAAGAUCACGACCUAAUAACUGUUGUUGCGGCUUUUAACGGCAGAGAAACCCGACACGCCGAUGGUAGCCCAAGGCUACAUCUGUCUGAAGUAAUUCAAGCUGUAGCAAGCAGCAGGCACGCAAAUAGGCCACUCACAUCAAUCAACUGGAUGAGAGGUACACAGGUUAUAAAUGAAGAGACGCUUGCGAUUCUUGAUAGGUACUUCGACGAGUGGCGAAAACUUAACAAAAAUGCCAAGAUUCCAGACACAUUCACUUUUACCCCGUCUAGUUCGCUUUGGCCACCCUUGGAAAACACGUCAUUCUUUAAAGCCGUUAAGUGGACUUUCGAUGGAACCGGGAAGACUAUAGGAUCUAUACACAUUAGUCCAAGGAAAGGGUCCAGGAACCCGUUUCGGUGGCGGUUCCAUGGGGCAACGAUGUCGUGUCACCUAGAAUGAUUUAUGUUGAAUUGGAGGGUAUAACGCACACGAAGGGCGCCACGGAGGGCAUCGGAGAUAGGACACGUUGGAGAAGUGCCUGGCUGCAAGGCUGCGUCGAUCUAAGGUUGGAUUCUCUUUAAGCAACUGAAAUUCUUUCAAAAGAUCUCGAUGAUUGUUGAGCGCUGAACAAUUCUCUCCCAUAACAUCAGCGGCAUAUGAUGAAGUACA